GCUCGAUGCCCGAUGCUCCAUUCUCGAUUCUCGAAAUUCUUGGGUGGUUGGACGACGACUUGUGUGGUUUUGGUCGCUGCUCGUCGCUCGUCGCUUUUCGCGCGGCGCUGCGAUGUCAUGAAAAACAUUUGAACGGCUUCCGUGGGCCAUCAGUUUGUUGGCAAUUCUCGAGCCCGUCGGAACACAAAAAGAUUUUCACACAAAAAUAUAUUCCAAAAUUAGAAAACAAUUUUGAAAAAACAAUCUCAAAAAUAUUUCGAAAAGCGCCAAAACAAAAGACACUAAAAUAAAUGCUUAUCAAUACAAAAGCCAAACAAAUAGUGAUGUGAUACGAGGCGGAUAAUUGACGCGUCUUUUGAGUUUUUCCCUAUUUUCCUUGAUAACCUUUCUGUUAUUUUUGGGUAAUCUUUAUGUUCUGCCAUUUUCCAAUUCUUUUUAUGAGCUGUUAAACGUAUUUAUCGGCGAGUGUUUUUGUGUGUGCGCGAGAAGUUAAUUUAAAAUUUUGUAUGCUUUGGCAAUUUAUGCGCGCCGUUUUUAUGUGCUAAGCGAAGAAAUCAACAACCAAAUCAUAAAUAAAUAUUUUUGGCCGUGAAUGAAAUUGAAAAUUGUGGACAUACACAAAAAUACGUAUAGCGAUUUGGGAACUAAGUGGAACCAUUCAUUUUGAAAUUAAACAAAAAGUGCAUUGACUUUGGCACGCAGGCAAAAACAGAACACAAAGUCAAGGUGUUAUAUUGUUAACUCUUGUUAUUGUUGGCACUAAAUGUUUAUGUGCAUUUAAAUGUGCGUCUGCGAAAUGCAUUUUAUUUGACGAAUUUAUUCAAAGCGCUAGCGGCUACGAUAUACUCAACAGCAACAUAUUAAUUAUUGCAAUUUUUGUGUGUGAUUAAAAAAACGUAAAAUUAAAAGCAGAAACAGAAAAAGAAACUGAAACGGCAAUUACUAAAGUCAAAAUAUUGUGUUUCCUGAAUUAAACUCAAACUACAAUAAAAAUACUACGAUUUUAAAAAUCCAUAUAAUUAAACGGUUAACAAAAGCAUCAAAUUAAAGUCGACUACACGGGUCUGUUGUUCUUUACAAAGGAGAAAACUACACUAUAUACGUCUAUACACAAAUAUAUACAUAUAUAUAUAUAUAUAUAUCAAGAGGCUUUCAAAACUAACAUUUAAUGUGAACGUAUUUUAAACCAAUAAACCUAUAAGCAACGUAUAUGUAAAGGCUUCAAAUUGAAUCAAAUGUGACAAAAGCGAAUUAAACAUUUAGCCAACUGCUCAACCAAGUCAACUAAGUAAAUAUUUGUUAAUUACAAAAGCCAAAAACCAACAAAGACAGCAACACUAUACAAAUUAAAGCAAACAAAGUUACAAAACGCCGCAAUUGAAAGCUUCCAUUUUAAAACAGAGAAAUAUAUGUACGAAACUCAUUGAAUAUUUAAAUAUAUGAAUUUAUGCAACAUAUAUAUAUAUAUACGAACCUAUAAAAUAUAAAUAAAAAAGUUACUAUUUUCUAUAAAUAUAUAAACUAUAUUUACGUGUUGGAGACAAAACAAUAUUUUAAAUGACAAAUAAAAUCAAUUGAGAACAAUAAAAGAGCAAACUACCAAACUUUGAACAGAAAUAAGAAAGGAAAACUAUAUUUGAAAUAAUAACCUAAUUGAAAUAAAUCAAAUGCUGCAAUAAAAAAUACAUAAAAUAUUAACUAAAGUCAAAAUCGCACAAAAAAAAAAGGAGAAAGUUUAAAAAAAUCACCCCACUUUGGUCACACAAAUGCUGCAAUAUCAGCAACCGCAACAGCAACAACAACAGCAGCAGCAGCAACAGCUACUGCAACAGGAGCAACACCAGCAACUGCAACAGCAGCAGCAACAUCAGCAACUACUGCAGCAACAGCUGCCGCAGCAGCGACGGCAAACCUACAAGGAGUACUUGCAGCAACAUCAGCAGCAGAAGCAACAGCUGCAGCAACAGCAACCCCUGCGGAUAUUCCGCGUCCACUACAUCCGGCUGAACUCCAAGGACGGAGUGCCGUCCAUCAACCAGCAGGUUAAUGGCUAUCCCAAUGGAUCCCCCAAUGGCGCCAAAAUGAAGACCAUUGCACCGAAUAUUCGCCGACGGCGGCGGUGCGACAAGCACCAUUUGGAGUUGUACUGCAAUGAGACUACAACGCCACCGACAAGUGUCCCCAGCAGCAGUUCCAGUAAUCAGUUGAAGCCCGGGGGGCUGAGGAUUCGGGAAUGCAUCACCGCCCCCAGCACGGCGGCCAGUUCGCCGGUGGACGAGCACAUGUGCAUCCCGGCCCCGCCCAUCACUCCGCCGCCCGCCUUCCUCACCGAGGGCUACAAGCGGUCCAGCACCUCGGUCUCCACGUCGGCGUUGCCCAGUGCCACCAGUAGCCAGGAGACCCAGACCCAUGGUCAGAGUCACACCCACAACCACGGACGGAGCCAGAACCAGAGCCAAAACCUGAACCUGAACCAGAACCUCAACCAGAGCCAUCUGCAGAGCCUGAAACCGAACCUGAUGCGCCAACAGAAGCCAUUUCCCGUAGUUGCCAAGCCACUGGGUCCGCAGAAGCCCAGGACAACGGCCACCAUUGCGGUCACGUUGAACAGCGGCUCAAACAAGCCACGUGCCACGGUCAAGAGGAGUUUAGAACCAAGAAAAGACAAGACUGAUGCACAACAACACGGAGGCAAUGGCACAAUAUCCACGCCCAAUAUCGAGCAGCCCACCUGCCAGGGCUCGAUGCUCCCGCCCCCCGGGGGCGGUGGCCUUCACCAGGCGGAUGGGAGUGGCAAGAUGGAGCGCCCGAACACGCUCUCCGGCGCCAACAAGCUGACCCGUCGCGGGGUCAACAUCUGCUACCACAACGAGCACAUGUAUGGCGAAGAUGGAAAAAUGGUGGGUGGUCCGCCGGGCAGUACCCCGCCCCCUUAUCCGGGUGGCAAACUGCCGCCGGGCGUAAUGCUCAGCGAACUGCCGGAGCCGCCGAUUCCGCUCUCGGAGAUCGGCCCGAUCCCACCGCCCCCGAUGUUCUCCACUCCGAGUCCCACGCUCAUCGCAGGACGACCUCAUGGGCCCGGCGCCGUCAACGAUCAGGAUUACCAGCAGGACUACGACUACGAUGAUCACGAUCCGGAUCAGGAUGAGCUUGACUCGGACGACGAGUAUGCCCCUUACGGUGGCAACCAUGUGCGCAUGAUGGACACGCAGCGCGUCGAGGAAAUUCCAGCCAAAGAGCCCAAACCAAAUGCAGUUCCUCUCAAGUCGGCGCUGAAGAAGAAGGGCGGGGCCAUGCCCACCUCCGCCUCCACGCCGGUCACGCCCACCCAGGAUCAUGGGGCGGGAAGCGCGGCAUCGGCAGCGGCCAUGGCAAAUAGUAACGGCGGUAUCGGUUCAAUGGCGGCGGCCGCCGCAGCAGCGGCCCAACAUUCCGCCAAUCAGCGUCCUCUGGUCAUUCGCCAGGAUGCGGCGGGCAACAACUAUUCGCUCAAGCCAAUACUACGACCACGGAUUAGACUAUGCAGGCAGCAAAUGUUCAACAUCCAAUUGCCGUGCACCGUGGAGAACAAGGAGAACGCCCGGCCCUUUGUGAUACGCGAGAGCAGCAGCGACAGCGACGAGAGCGAUGGCCACAUCGUCUACCGGGACGAGGACAACGACAACACCCGGCUGGCCAAGUUGGCCCGCAAGGAGUCGCUGUCCCUCAAGCUGCAGCUGCGCCCGGACAAGCAGGACCUCAUCAACCGCAACAUCCUGCACCAGGUCAACGACAACGAGAUCAAGGAGUCCAAGGAGGCGAUCGGGGCGCGGCUCAUCCGCCGGCUGUCGAUGCGACCCACGGCCGAGGAGCUGGUCGAGCGCAACAUCUUGAAAACUCAAUCACCCGCCGAGGAGAAGAAGCAAAAGGAGGAGAAAAAGUCGUAUUUGUUGCGCAAACUCAGCUUUCGGCCCACCGUCGAGGAGCUCAAGGAGAAGAAGAUCAUCCGGUUCAACGACUACAUCGAGGUCACGCAAGCCCACGAUUACGAUCGGCGGGCGGACAAGCCGUGGACAAGACUGACGCCGAAGGACAAGGCCGCCAUUCGCAAGGAGCUGAACGAGUUCAAGUCCUCCGAAAUGGCCGUCCACGAGGGCAGUCGGCAUUUGACGAGAUUCCAUAGGCCAUGACGAUUGCAAUGGCAGCAACUUUCCAGCAAAUUACAACAGCAACCCAAGCAACAAUUGUAUUUUAUGCAGCAUCAAAUUGUCAACAAAUAUUUAAAAGCAAAAAAUUAAGCCAACAAACUAAGAAAAAAAAAAGAAAACUUUCAACGCAAAAAACCAGGCAUAGAAAAGGAAAUAAAAUAAAACGUAAAAAAAUACACAAAAAAAAAGAGGAGGAAACGUGAGAAAGUGAGGAAAAUAUAUAAAGAAAGGCCACAUUCAAGAACAUAAUUGAUAAUUUUCUGUUGAUAAUAAAUAGCGAGAAAUGCCGCUCGGUUUUCUAAUUUUAAGUUCUUUAUGUUUCACCUUCUUUAUUUGUUAAUUGUGUGUAAAUAAAAUUCUUUCGAUAUUCAAGCCAACUUCACAACGCAAAUCAAAAUAUCAAUUCGUCUUUUGUAGAAAUGUUAAGUCGCUUUUUGAGUUAAGGCAAUUAUGUAUUAUAUUAUAUAAAAUUAAACAAUUAAACAAGGAGAAAUACUAAAUGAUAUUCGAUUAAAUAAUUACAUUAAAGAAAUCUAAAUGGCUGAGAAAAAUUCACAUUAAAGCUUAGGCAUUAAUUUACACUUACUGUUGCUUUCCAUACAUUUUUAAUUUUUGAAUUAAGCCAACUAAACAACACAGAAAAACACAAAACACAAAAUUCUAAACGAAAAAUUAUGUUUUACAUUUAUAAUUACAUUAUUGUAAAAAGCUUAAAGGUAAACAAAACAACACAUUAAACUUAGAACUACCACAUAUACGAUAAUGCCGAAAAAUAAACUCUAAUUUUUCGAAAGACAUGUUUACGAAAAAUAA